AUGGUUUUGGAUAUCUACAAAGACUCAGCAGGUUUCUACGUCAGAUUUGAUGUAAAGCCUGCUCGAUUCUAUACACAAUGGUUCGUUAGACUUCUGUUUUGGACCGGAUUACAGGCGCUAGGCUACUUCGCGCUUCAACGGCUGCGAGCUAAUAGCUUCCUAUUGCUACAGAAUAUAGCUUUAGGCCUUCUGACGCUCCUCCUGAUACGCGCUCCAACUAUCGAUUCACUUUAUGUCUUCAAAAGCUACGGUAUCCAAUUAUCCACCACACAAGGGUGCCUAUUGCUUCCGGAAUUCUUGAACGAAAGGUUAUUCGAAGUCAAGACGUUCAUUCCUAGUGACGACCUUGUGGCAAUGGUGAUAAAUGAAGGAUUUGAGGGCCUCGCCGUUGUUUUCUAUAUGUGUAUCAUCGCUAAGAGAUCCAGGCAAUUAAAGAUUGUCUUUCCGGUAUGUUCUGUUGUUGAGCAAUACAUGCUAAAUGCAAGUUACUGA